AGCAGUGCAGUCGUUAAUCAUGUUCCAGCUCACAGACAGUGUGUUUGUGUGUGUGAAAGGCUGAUUCAUUCCACUGUUAUUUCAUUUGGUGGCAGAUCUGGAUGACUUACUGCUCACUGCACUAGAAUCAGAUGUGGGCAGAGCUAUAUUCAUGCUGUAACCCCGAUCCAUUCAAGUUUACAACACACUGGUGGAAAUCCCCACCUCAUGACAGAACAGAGCUUCCUGGUUUCUGGCUAAUGGAGGCGCUUUUUCUGUGUUCUGUGAAGGGGGGGGGGGCGGUGUGCGCGCGGACACGAUUGUGUAACCGGUGCAAAAAAAACCCGAGGUCAGAACGUGUUCAAUAAAAACACAAUGAAAGGAGGAGGCUGUGCAAAACCCAAAAAGCCUCCAUAGUAAUGUGCCAAUAAAGCCUGUGUUGUGUUUGCGCUGCCGCUGACGGUGCGUGCGCGGCAGAUGCGCAUUUCCAGGAUCAGAUCAGACCACAUCGCCUACGUGUCGAGAAAGAGAAUGCGUUUGCGCUUGUUUUUGUUCGGCUCAGCCUCCUCAUUCAUUGCACAGCAGUAGUAGAGGAGCAGCUCAGCGGCGUCGAGCCUCCGCGCAUUGACAAAAAAAAACAAGCGCGUUUAAAGCCCCGCAUUCAGGACAAAGCGGCACCCCCACCCACCAGCACGUCGAACCCACGGACUCAUUUUUGACGGAGCAGGAGCGACGUUCGUGCAGGUUUGGAAGUGAAAAAACAUAAAAGAAGAAAAAAAAAACGGCGGACGGGGCUCGAGUGCUCGGGUCUGACGGGAGCGGCAGAGGAGCGGAGCGCGUGUGGAUGCGCGUCAAGUCAUUAAAUUAAAAUAAAAAGCAGUGAGUGACAGAGGCUGCAGUAAACCGGGGAAGGAGGAAGAAGAAGAAGAGGAGGAGGAGGGGGGGUCUGUCGAAGAAAUCAAGUCAAUAGAAACUUAAGUGGAAGCAGGCGUUUAGAGCUCCUGGUGACGUCACUGGUCCACAUUGAGCCAGUAGUAGAGACUCGGUGGAUGUAGACAGAGGAGUACACACCGACAUGAACUUCUCCCUCUGAAACUUCGCCGUUGUUUUCGCGGAGAGGACGCGUCUACGCCUCGGUGUGUUUUUUUUUUUCCUCGACGCACACGGAACUGCGCCUUUUUCACGGAGCUCGGGCGCACGGGGAGCGCGAGGCUUCGUUUUGGGUUUCUGGUUGUUUUUUUUUCUUUCUUGGGGGGGGAGAUCGGAUCGACUCCACCGACGACGACGACCGACCGACCGACCGGGCAGCUCGGCUCAGCUCAGCUAUGUCGUCCGCGGCGGUCGCUGCUUCUUCCAGGCGGCAGUCGUGCUAUUUGUGCGACCUGCCCCGCAUGCCGUGGGCCAUGAUCUGGGAUUUUACGGAGCCGGUGUGCAGGGGAUGUGUCAACUACGAAGGAGCGGACCGGAUCGAGUUUGUGAUCGAGACGGCCCGGCAGCUCAAGAGGGCGCACGGCUUUCAGGAGGGUCGGUCUCCGGGGCCGGGCAAGUCCCAGCUCUCCGGGAAGGACAUCCAGGCCAUCAACCACGCGGCGGCCGGAGACCCGGGCUCCCGGCCGCCGCAGCCGCUGGACCGGUACCCGCUGUCCUCCGAGCGCCCGCCCCGGCUCGGCCCCGAGUACCAGUCCGGCCGGCAGGCGAACGGCAUCCCCGUCCCCAAUGGAUUUCCUAAACCCGACGAACCCCCGGAGCUGAACCGCCAGAGCCCGAACCCCCGCAGGAAUAGCACCGUGCCCCCGAAUCUAGUGCCUUUGGUGAACGGGGGCCCGGUGCCCCAGGUGCACAGCGUUAACGGGCAGCGCAUGGGGCUGCCCUCCGCGCUCGGCACCGGGAGCCCCGCGGACCUGGCCAAGAGACCCGCGUCCGUGUCGAGCACCGAGCACGAGCGGGAGGUGAAGGAGAAGCACCGACCCGACAGCCUGACACCGGAGAUCGGCGACGGACACAAGAACCGGGCGGACGCCGACUGGAUGGGCAAAGGCAAGACGGUCCGGGACCUGAUGGCGCUGCACACGUUCGACAACCGGUUCAAGAAGGACCACGCGGCCAUGCAACAAAGGGUGAUGGGGUACGAGCCCAGCGCCGCCGCCUCCAAGUCCGACAGAGGAAAACACCCCCGGAACAUGAAGAGAAAAGCCUCCCCGGAGCCCGAGGGCGAGGGCACGGCGGCCAAGCUCAACGGAGACGGCCAGCAGUGGCUACCGCCGCCCAACGACGGACUCAAAAUGCCCCCGGUGCCCCCGCCCAACUUCGCCUCCCCCCCUUCCACAAUAUCCCCCCACUCCCGCACCACCCCACCGGAGGCGGCCCAGAACGGCCAGUCCCCCAUGGCGGCCCUCAUCAUGGCGGCGGAUAACGCGGGCGGGAACAGCUCCCCCAAGGACGCCAACCAGGUCCACUCCACCACCCGCAGGAACAGCAGCAGCCCCCUGUCGCCGUCCUCCAUGAACCAGAGGAGGCUGGCGCAGAGAGACGCGUCCGGCGCCGGCACCCCCCACGUGCCCGGCAUGGACCAGGUGCACCCCCAGAGCAUUCCGGACUCCUCGGUACCGGGCAGCAUACCGCUGUGCUGCACGCUGUGCCACGAGCGUUUGGAGGACACACACUUUGUUCAGUGCCCGUCGGUUCCUUCUCACAAGUUCUGCUUCCCGUGUUCGAGGGAGAGCAUAAAGCAACAAGGCGCCACGGGCGAAGUGUACUGUCCGAGCGGAGAGAAAUGUCCCCUGGUCGGCUCCAACGUACCGUGGGCUUUCAUGCAAGGAGAAAUCGCCACCAUCCUCGCAGGAGACGUCAAAGUAAAAAAGGAGAGGGACCCUUGAUUUGGUCUGAACUACUUCUUUGGGGUCGGGGGAAUUAAAAAUAUGAGUAUAAAUAUAUAAAUAUCACAUACAUACCAUUCAAACAAACUAACGGACUUGUACAUAUUGGACCCAAGGGAAGAGUAUACUUCGUAAACAUGGUUGUAUAAUUUUUGAUUUUUGAAUACAUUGUGUUUCUAUAUUUUUGAAGAUAAAGGUAUGUACUCAUUAUAAUGGACUACGUUCCCUCUUUGUUGAUGUUUAACAAAAAUUCUUGAUGUACUUCUAGGUCUGGUGGCAGUUCCUGUUUAACGUAGAAUGUGACUAAUGCUACUCUACGAGCACUUGGCAAAAACUGAAAAUGCUUUUAGCUGUACUUGUAUGCACUUGUUUAAAAAUUGCCAAAUACAAUUUCUGAUCUUGUAUGAA